CCAGAUGAAAGAUGGCUGAUGGCUUCUAUUCUUUCUGGAAUAAUAAAUUAGCCUUCAAAAAGUACAGAGUAGGCCCAUCCGAUAAUGGACCUUCCUGCGACUGGCCCUCGAUUCGAUUCUUCUUACUGUAUUAUCAUUACUAUUAGUAUAUUACAUGUAAGUCUUACAUCUUGAUGCUUCCCAUUAUUAAGUGAAUUGUUGCGCCGUGUCUGCCUUUUGACCGAAUCGAACAAGGCACAUUUCAUCCGGACCUGAUUGUGUGGUGGGACCUGAUUUUGUGCAAUGACAGGGACAAAUACAAAGAGGUCCUUAGGUGAUCCCCUCGAAACAAAACAACAUUCACGAUCGAGCUCGAGUACAACUACAAAAUCACUUCUUAUAAUCACACCUUCAAGUUCUGAAAGUACUCGCAGUCCUUCGGCUUCACCCACUUCCCAUAUGCCUGCGCGCGACAGCACUUCGAUGGAGGCCGAUCGAGUUACUAUAAUCAGCGAGAAUAUGGAGAAGGCGAGUAUCAAUGGCUCGAAUAAUGGGGAAAAGAGGACCCCUAUGGUUAGGAAACAGUCUUCACCUAUGAUGCCACCGUUUAUGGUAUCAGCUCCAGGGAAGGUUAUUGUCUUUGGAGAACAUGCGGUUGUGCAUGGAAAGGUGGGUGUCAUUGCUCUAGAGGUGCGAUUUUGAUUCUAAUGAUAAAGAUAGCCUGCGAUUGCCGCCGCGAUUUCACUCCGAUCAUACCUCCUCGUCACUUCGCUUUCAAAAUCGAAGCGAACAAUCUCCCUUCGUUUUCCAGAUAUCAAUCUCUCUCAUACAUGGAAUAUCGAUGAUCUGCCAUGGAGCACCUUCUCACAUCCGUCGAAGAAGAAGUAUUAUUACGACCAGGUCACAUCUUUAGAUCCAGAACUGGUUGCAGCUAUGAAACCACAUUUGGAGAAUAUCUCCCCAGAUGUAUCGCCUUCCAUACGAAAGAUACACCAGAGCUCUGCUUCUUCAUUCUUAUACAUAUUUCUAUCUCUUGGCUCACAAUCGUUCCCCGGAUGCUUAUAUACAUUACGCUCAACAAUUCCAAUUGGCGCAGGCCUCGGUAGCAGUGCUUCAAUAUCUGUCUGUCUUUCUUCCGCACUAUUGUUACAAAUUCGCACAUUAUCCGGACCGCAUCCAGAUCAACCAUCCAACGAGGCAGGCUUACAACUCGAGAGAAUUAAUCGUUGGGCAUUUGUGGGAGAAAUGUGUAUUCAUGGAAAUCCUUCCGGGGUGGACAAUACAGUUUCGACACAAGGAAAGGCGGUUAUCUAUCAGAAAUUUCCCGAAGGGCCUACCGUGAAACCAUUGAGGGAUUUCCCCGAACUGCCUCUGCUUCUUGUUGAUACACAACAAGCAAAAUCUACAGCACAUGAAGUUGCUAAAGUGGCUUUGUUGAAGGAAAAGCAUCCGGCUAUCGUAGAUUCGAUAUUAGAUGCCAUUGAUAUGGUUGGUCAGUCAGCGGCAGCUAUGAUUUCAGAUCCAAACUAUGAUAGCGAAAAUGUCGAGUGUGUUGAGAGCCUGGGAAAAUUAAUGACAAUAAAUCAUGGGCUUCUUGUUUCUCUAGGAGUAUCCCAUCCUCGACUGGAACGUAUCCGGGAGCUAGUAGAUCAUGAAGGAAUCGGCUGGACCAAGCUUACUGGUGCUGGAGGAGGAGGAUGCUCUAUUACAUUAUUGAAGCCAGACACCACACCGGAGAUAAUGGCACGCUUAGAGGCAACAUUAGAGAACGAGGGUUACAAAAAAUUCGAAACUACACUGGGCUGUGAUGGCGUUGGCGUACUAUGGCCUGCUGUAAUUAGGAAUGGGGAGGAUGAUGAUUUCGGAGGAGAUGAAAUCGACCAAGAAAAGUUUCUCAAUGCUGAUGGCAUAGAAGGAGUUGAGGAACUGGUUGGAGUUCACGGACAAAGUGGUGAUAGGGAAGCCUGGAAGUUUUGGAGGGUGGAAGAUUAGACACAUUGGCGACAGCGCAGUUCCUUCUUUUCAUUGUAGAUUAUGUUAAUGUGUUACUUUAUAAUGGGACGGACAAUGUGGACAAUAAUUAAAAAGGAAAUGUAUAUUAUUAUUAAAGUAUUGGAACUGUCAUUCCAUUG